UACCAUUUUCUAGGGUUUACGAUUCUCGCAACAGCGAAGCUUUUAAGGCCAAGACUUAUCUCUCUCUAGCCGACUCUCUCUCUCUCUGAGUUCAGCUUUUGGACUAAGGGCUCGCUGAUUCUCUGGCGAAUCUACGUUCAGGGUUUUGUGGAAGCAAAUUGAUGGAAACUUGUCAUUGAUGCGUGUGAAAAGCCAAUAUGUGCGUUCAUAAAUCGGGCUUUACUCCGUCCUCUUCUGAUAUCUGAUUCAUGUCUUAAGGGUGCGCAGUCUUAGGAGCAUGUUUUGAACUAUAAUGGAUCAAGAAACUAUUUGAAGAUUCUUAUUGUGGUUUAUGGUAAAUUAUUCGUGCUGGUCAUGUCAAACAAUCUCGUGUCUCAGAAGUCAUUGAUACCAAGCAUGCAAAUGGGUCAAUUGGAACCCAUUCUGAACAAGGUGGACUCAUCAGUACAAGACAUGCAAAUGGGACUGAUGGGAUCUGUAUCCAAUGUUCCUGCAGCCCAUCAGAAUUUGAUAACAAAUAAGCCUGUGGGACUAAUGGAUCCCUUUUCAAGCAAUCCUGGGUUUGAGAGGUUAUCAAUGACAAGCAUACAGACAGUAGGUAGAGAACCGAAUGCAAUUAAUCUAGGCUUAAUGCAGUUUAUCCCCAACAAGCAACUGGGACCGAUGGAAACCUUGCUAAAUAAUGCAGGAUACCAGCAGUUGUCUGCAUCAAAUAAGCGGAAGGCACCAGCGGAACCUCUGCACAAUAAUAUUGCCGUGCAGGAAUUAUUUCUUCCUAACAAACGGGUAGCUCAGUUGGAACAUAGACCUUGGCUGCAGCAAGCAUCUGGUCCAAAUCAAUCAGCUGUACAGAUGCAGUACUUGUCCAACACUCCUGGAUCACAACGUUCGCCGACACCAGUUAAGAAAGUGGUAUCCAGUAAAUCUGGUUCACAGCGGUUUUCUAUUCCAAAAAAUCAAACAGCAGCAUUGCAACCAACUUCUAAGGGUCAAACUGAAUCUUUUGAGUCUGUUAGGUCCAAGAUGAGGGAAUCACUAGCUGGUGCACUGGCAUUGGUUUCUCAACAGAAAGACAAAUCUUCAAGUCCAAAACAGAAUUCUCAUAGUGACUCUGCAAGUGUGUCAGGGCAGACUCAGAAAAAUUCUCAACUGGCUGGAUCUCUUUCUGCUGCUAUUGAUGCCCCUGAUAGUGCAUCUGUAGAGCCUAAAGUAACUUUGCUCUCCCGCGAUGACCGGUUUGCACCAAAAAGCAAUAAUGGCGAAAGUGGGUCUGCAAGGAUUUCUGCUGCCGAGGCCAAUGGUGAUUUUACACACACCCUGAAAUCUGCUGCUGAGGCUAAUGGUGAUUUUACACACACCCUGAAAUCCAAUUGUCACGAAACUCGAUCGAGUUAUGUUUUGCCUGGUGAAGAUGUUUCUUUUAUUGACGACUUCUUUGCCAAAGACGAACUUUUGCAGGGAAAUGGACUCUCUUGGGUACUGGAUUCAGAAAUGCAGGUGGCAGAAAAAGGGGAGUUCCAUACCGCCCAAGAACAAAAGCCGGUGUAUGAUGAUAUGGGGAGAGGUCAGAAAGAAGAAGCCAUUCAAAGUCCACAAAUCGUGGCAUUUAAAAUUGAAGCUGAACUCUUCAAAUUAUUUGGUGGUGUGAAUAAGAAGUACAAAGAGAAGGGAAGGUCUCUUCUGUUCAACUUGAAAGAUCGCAAUAAUCCUGAACUGAGAGAAAGAGUCAUGUCCGGAGAUAUUCCCCCAGAACGGCUAUGUUCUAUGACUGCAGAGGAACUUGCUUCUGAGGAGCUUUCCCAGUGGCGGAUAGCAAAGGCAGAAGAGCUUGCCCAAAUGGUUGUCUUGCCAGAUGCUGAAGUUGAUAUUAGACGUUUGGUGAAGAAAACACACAAGGGUGAGUUUCAAGUAGAAAUUGAACAAGAUGAUAGUGUUCCAACCGAGGUUUCUGUCGGUGCUAGUUCAUUCACUCGAAGAGAAUCAGAUAUCAAAGAGAUGGACGCCCCUCACCCUUCUAAACGUGGUGAAAUCAAGGAUGAGGUCGAUACUUUAGGAGAAGAGAGUAAUUUGGAAGUCCGGAACAUCCCAUAUAUGCUCUCUAUUCCUUCCCGUGAGAGUACUGAUUUAAUGCAAGGGCUCGUUGUGGAUGAUGCAUUGAAGGAUGCAGAAUUUCUUCCUCCUAUUGUAUCUCUAGAUGAGUUCAUGGAAUCUCUUGAUUCAGAGCCACCAUUUGAAAAUUUACCAGUGGAUGCUGGAAAGAUUACCCCCAUUUCAGACAAGGAUGGCUCAGAGCCAACUUUGGCAUUGAAGUCAUCCGAGUCUGCUCUGAAAGAUGAUAUUACCACAGACGAACCUGAAAAAGUUAAUGUAAAAUACUCCAAAUCAGAUGCUGGCCAUAAAUUCAAUGAAGGUGAUGCUGGUGUGAAAUCCGGUGAUGGUCAUGCAGACAUGAAACCAAGUGAUUCUCAUACUGAUGUGAAAUAUAAUGAUGGUGACUCUGUUAUUAAGAGUAACACUAACACUGAUGUAAAUUCAAGUGUCAGACAUGCUGAAGUGAAAUCCUGUGAAAGUUAUGCUGAUUUCAGACCUAGAAACAGCCAUGCAAAAUCAGAAGUUGUACCUCCUACUGGUGUAUCCAAAGGUGAUCAUGUCUGGGAAGGUUCACUUCAGCUGAACACCUCAGCCAAGGCCUCUGUGGUUAGCAUCUUCAAAAGUGGCGAAAGAACAUCUGCAAAAGAGUGGCCCAGUUCACUUGAGAUCAAGGGGAGAGUAAGGCUUGAUGCAUUUGAGAAGUUUCUCCAAGAGCUUUCACUAUCUCGAAGUCGUGCUGUCAUGGUAAUGCAUUUUGUUCUUGUGGAGGGGUCCUCUGAGAUCGAGCAUGCAGGUCUUCGUGAGGUAGCAGAUUCUUAUGUUUUGGAUGAGAGAGUGGGUUUCUCGGAGCCUGCUCCUGGAGUGGAACUUUAUUUUUGCCCACCACAAAAAAGAACACGUGAAAUGCUCGGCAACAUCCUCCCGGCUGAACACAUUGAGGCACUUAAUAAUAUUGAUAAUGGCCUAAUUGGUGUUAUUGUAUGGAGAAAGGCUCAGUUAACUUCCCGGAUAUCACCCAAUUCAUCAUCACACCAUAAACAUAAAAAGCAAAAUCUCACUUCUAGGAGACAGCAAGAAACAAAUAUCGAUUCCAGUUUCAAACCCAAGCCACCAAACCCACCUCGGGGCUUAACCCCCACCGAUUUGACACCCUCCCCUGAUGAGGACGAUGAUAUUCCUCCUGGAUUUGGCCCCCGGGAUGAAGAUGAUCUUCCCGAGUUCAAAUUUUCUGGUGGUUCAGUACCAUCUUCACAACGAAUAUUUUUCCAAAAUAUUUCUGGGGCGAGUAAUUCACUCUCCCAAACCCCAGCUCGCCCCGUGGACCAAAACCAAAUGAGAGAACUUAUACACAAAUAUGGACAACCAAAAGCAGGCGGGCCCUCGGGAAACUGGCUGGACAAUCGAGGUUUUGGGGUUGCGGUUCAACCAUGGAAUGAUGAUGAUGACGACAUACCGGAGUGGCAGCCACAAGAAGCCUCUCAAGGCCAAUUUCCAUCGUCCCAACAAUCGUCAAUUCACAGCUUUCACCAGCCAAUGCUGAGAGCGCACAUGGUAGACCAACCACCUUUGGGAUCAGCUCCUCAGCAGCCACCACAUCAAGGCGGCACUUGGUGGGUUCCUCCUGUUCAGGGGAAUAGCCAGCAACCAAGUAACUUAGGUUGUCAGCCUAAUGUAGUAGGGCAGUUUUAUGGGGUACCCGGACGAGGUGUUGGGCAGCAAGGCGUGGCCUGGCGACAAAAUGCCCCCCAAAAUGGUGGCUUCUGAUAUAUAUAUAUUGUCUCACUUGUAUAGUUAAAGUGUCAUUCCCCAUUUACAAGUUCUGUGCAAUUUUGUAAGCUCAAGUGUAAUACAGGGUGGUUAGCUUUUGAGUUUC